AUACAGUCUUUCCUGUAAAUCCUUGCCAGAUCAGAAUGCUGCUCCCCAUGCUGGGUAUAACAAUUACACAUGAAGUAAAAUGAUUGAAAGAACGUCCACAGGUGAUCUCUAUGGCAGACGCGGUCAGCUCUUCGCUCCAUUGCUGCGUAGACAGCAGGGCGGAAGGGAAGAGAGGACUCGCGGUUGUGUUUACGCCAUCACCAUAACAACCAGACCGGCAGCACAGCUUGAGGAAGCGGCGGCACACCGGAGCACCGUCUUCCCGGAGUAUAGCACAAGUGCAGUCACCGCUGCGAACGAAGAACGUUGAGUACUCCGGUGUGUAAUCACAUGACCACCACAUCAUAUUUACGUCAUUCAGUGCCGUACCAUCAAGCAGCACCUAGCAUACUACAAGCACUCUGUACAUCACAAGCAUAACUAUCAAGCUGAACAGCAGGAUACACCUCCCUAUACCCGGACCUCGACAUUGUAGGCUGAACAGAGACCCACUAAGGCACGUACCACUACGGGAGCUCUGAUCACCAUUGGACCUCCUGAAGGAUAUCUACACACAUCAGGCCUUGUGGUAUAUGUAAACAUCAGAGCAGUGAUUCCGACAUAGUUGAUAUUAUGUUAAAUACAAAACCUAAAGCCAGACUCCUACUCCUUGAUGUACUUCUGGAUGGUGUGGAAAGAGAAAAUAAGAAAGAUUCCUGGGAUUAUACAGGCGGACAUCUUAAUCAUAAUCAUCUUUUCAAGCCACAAGUUCUAGAAGAGAAGAACUUCUGGGCAAGUGGAAAGAUACCAGAUCAGCAGUAUGAAAACGUUAAGAAAGAUUCCUUUAUAACCUUUACACUCAAGACAAGUUUAGUAAAUGCAGACCCAAAAGUCAAGUCUUUUUGUUCAAGUUCUCCAAUUCUAAAACCAACUGGCCCAUCUACACCAAUAAACACACCAUUUGGAAAUUCUGUUGUAGACACUCGACCCCAAACAACAUGCCAAGAAAAUUCAGAAGACAAAAAAGUUACAGGAUUGCCAUCAAAGAUACCGGAGCUUAAUCUGCCUGAAUUAAAAUUACUGAAGUUUGGGGGACAACAAACAUUUCAAGAAAAUAAGAAGGAAUAUCAAUUUCUUCCAGCCUACUUCACUGGUCUCACAAAAUCUGACCAGUUCAAUAUGUUCUUGAAGUUUAACAGAAAGAUCCUUCAAAAGCAAGACUUAUCAAUAGCCUUCUACAAAAACGUGACUGUUGAGUACUAUGAGAGAAAGCUAUUCAAGGAACUUCAGGACAUUGCCCACAUUAGGCCUCCUCAUUAUGCCCGUCUACAGAUCUUCCGUGAAACAUUUGGGAAAAUCUGCAAAGACUCUUCUAUUUUUGGAAAUAUUCUAAGUGAAAUAAAGGCUGCUUAUGAUUUAUAUGUUGAUUACUUGCUGGAUGCUCAGUGUUCUCCACAACAUGAGAUUCUAAUGUCUGAAAUUGCUGGCAUGAAGAAACGACCUGUGAACACAGCAGAUGUGGAAGAAGUCAUGCAGAAUGUAAGGGGACUUGAGGACAAGGCUUUUUUUGCCUUAGAGCACAAUGACCAACUUAGAAAUGAUUUGAAGACUGUUCUGAGCAAUGCUUUCAUCCCUGACAUGGUGUCUGACAAAGCUCCCUUGUUAAAUUCAAGAAACACUGAUCCAGCCAGUGAACAGUGCAAUGCAAGUGAGGUAAAAGUAUUUGUAGCAAAGAGAAGUAAAGUGCUAAAAACACUGAUGGAAGUAAACGUGUUGGAGGAAGAGAUCAGAAAGAACCUAACCCAUGCUUUAAAUGCUGAGGCUACAGAACAGUACAUCAAAGAUAUACAGAGAGAAACAAUGAAACUUCAGUCAUCAAAUGAUUUUCUUCAACGUGCUAAUAAGGAUCUCAAUUCAGAAAUAAAAAGAUCAUUGAUGAAACAGAAACUUACUUUAGACAGACAAGAGUGUGGCCACGAGGUGUGCCUCAAGAAGUUUGAAAUACCCUAUAUAGUAUACAAUAUACCAAUAUACCAGCGAUGCAACCACAAGCUUGGAUGGAAAGGAUUGCUUAGGAUACUACUAGCCGUGGGGUUACCUAAAUGAACAAAUUAAUGAAUAAAUGUGUGGCUGUAAAAUGAGAAGAAGGCUGCUAUGGGCUGAGCUGAUGUUGUCAUCAGCGUUCAUAAGCUAAACAAUAUGGAAGCUGAAAUGGGUCUAACUUCUAAUGUGAAGAGCUAUAGUGCAUGCAAACAGCCACUAGUGCUUUUACAACUUGAACAGAGAAUUUUAUGGCACGACAGGAGACUUCCAUUAUGCUAUUCUUCUUUAC